GAGGGCUCCCAAUUCCGCAACCGGACGCAAAUAAUCGCAAUACACCUUCGUCGUCUUCAUCAACAGCUCAUUUACAUCCAUCACCCAUGCAAACUAAUGAACCAAAUAAUAAUGCAGCCAAUUCAUCAGCAUCCUCAUCGACAGGGGAGCAACAAAAUAACGUUAAUAACAAUAAUGAUAAUGGAGUAAAUAAUGUUCCACAACCACCUCAAGAAAAUGCGAGACAAAUUACUCUUCAAGAUGUUGAGCAUGCGUUAUGGACCUUUGUUGCAUCAUUGAUUCCGACGAACGCACCUGAUGUCGGACAGCAAGAUGAUGUAGCGAUGUAG